AUGGCCGACAGCAGUCCCGGCCAGGGACCCAGUCGUGGUCUACGGCCUCGGGCACAAUCCGAAGCAACACGCCCUAGACCCAACGAAGAGCAACAAGGAAACCUCCUCAGCCCAACCUGGAGCCUAGGCACAGACCGACGCACAUCCUCCGCCCAGACCCCAGGGCAAGGCCUCGGACCCGGCCUCAGCACUGAAAGCUCAGGCCUACGUCCCCGUCGCAGUCAAAGCAACCGAGUCCCAAGCCUCACAUCACGCACAACACUAGCACGACGCACCCAAGGGAAUUUCACACUCGCAGGGCCCGACGAGACAUCGGCGCUCCGCCAGGCUCAUGAGCCAUUCGUGCAUCCCGUUUACGCGGACCUGAAUCCAAGCUACGAGCAGCCGAACAAUGCAACGCCUGUAUGGAGUCUAGCGAAGCCGCUGCCGCGCGUGGUGCGGCCGGGCAUGGUCCCCACGAAGGAUGAGGUGUUGCAGAAUCGGAUGGGUGAGAGGCCGGCUGUGCCGGGGGCGGAGAAUUCGCAGAAAUUGGGGAUGGAGGAUGUGGAUCCGAAUGAGCUGGAGGCCGGGAGGAUUGGGAAGAGUGCUGAUCCGAGGAAGAUGAUGGCUGGGGUGGACGAUGCCAGGGCGCAGAGGGAGAAUAACUUUGUGAAUAAGUUGUUGACUGGAGAGACGGGGGCGGCGGCGGGAGGGUCGAGGGUGUCGAGGACUUCGUCCACGAGGAGACGGUCUUCUUCUGCUGCUGCUCCUGCUCCUGCUGGGGAUCAGCUGUCUGCUGUGCUUGAAAGUGAGAGCUCGCCGGGUGUUUCUCCGGAGAGGAGGCAUGAUCUGAGUGAUGAGCCUCUGCAGGCUGUUCCAGAGGAGCAUGAGCACGAGCAUGAACUUGGAGAGAGAUAUGAUCUUGGAAAUGACAUCAACAUCAACGAAUCUGCGUACCCCGAGGACCUACACCCACUCGUCCAGGACCUGGUUGAAGACGAAGUCCACAACAACCACACCGUCUGGUCCGUGAUCCGGACUCACCACCGCGAAGCCCUCGCCGAGUCUCUCGGCGUGUUCGUGCAGCUCUCCAUCGGCCUCUCUGCGGACCUCAGCGUCACCCUUCCCGCAACCACAAAUCCCAACACGACCGCCUGGGCCUGGGGCCUCGGCACCAUGAUGGCCAUCUACAUCUCUGGUGGCGUCUCAGGUGCGCACCUCAACCCAUCCAUCUCUAGCAUGCUGUGGUUCUACCGCGGGUUCCCGAAGCGCAAACUGCCCGAGUACUUUGCCGCUCAAUUCCUGGGGGCCUUUGUCGCUGCCCUCGCCGUCUACGGCUUAUACUACCAAUCCAUAAACGAAUACCUAUCGACACCUUCCUCUGCGUCUGCAACUGUAAACGUCAUGAAUAGUUUCGUCACGAACCAGCGGAACCCCUGGAUUACAUCCGCAACAGCCUUCUUCAACGAAUUCUUCGGCACAGUCCUGCUAUCAAUAACAGUGCUAGCCCUAGGCGAUGACCAGAACGCCCCGCCAGGAGCCGGCAUGAACGCGCUCGUCGUGGGACUCUCGGUAUACACGCUCAGCAUCACGUUCAGCUACCAGACGGGCGCGGCAUUCAACCCGAGCCGGGACUUUGGGCCGCGGCUGGCCCUGCUUGCGAUGGGGUAUGGGGGUGAUUUGUUUCUCAACCCGUAUUGGUUCUAUGGGCCGUGGGCGGGGUCGUUCUGUGGGGCGUUUAUUGGGGGAUUUCUGUAUGAUUUUAUGAUCUUUACUGGUGGAGAGAGUCCGGUGAAUUAUCCGUUGGAGAGGGCGAAGAGGGCGAUGCGGAGGAAGAAGAUGAAGUGGAAGCGUAGGUUGAGGUUGGAGAAGAAGGUUGAUAAGGUUUCCCUUUGA